AUGAAAGCUUUGCAGAAUAUCACAGAUAUAAAAGAAAUUGGUGAAGGAGGAUUUGCCAAAGUAUAUUCUGCAACGUGGAUCGAUGGUAAAUCAAAAUUUAGAAAGAUAGAUGAUGGAAGUUGGAACAUAUCAGAUCCUUUUCCCGUGAAAGUUGCUUUGAAAAAGUUUAAAGCACAUUGGGAUUUUUGUAAAGUCAGUCCUUUUACAUUAAAAUAUUAUGGAAUAACUAAGGAUCCAGAGAUCGGUAUUAGAAACAGGCACUAA